GUUAAACGUAACUACACGUUGCCAUCAACUUCGAGCAGCCCUUUCGGAGCCCGUCAGCUGUGUGUCUAACCGGCUGAGCUGCUUCUUCCUCCGGACUGAGACCUGCAAACCAUGCUGUCCUUCGCCCUGAGACGAGUCGCGCGGCCACUGUGCCAGCGAACCCCGGUCCGUCUCAGUGUACGCGGCCAGCAGUCCCACGCCGCCACCCGUACCGUGGAUGAAGAUCGUCCAUGGACGGGCCAGGAAAGCCUGGCUGAGGACGACCCCGAGAUGUGGGAUCUUAUGCUGAAGGAGAAGGACAGGCAGUGCCGCGGACUGGAGCUCAUUGCAUCUGAGAAUUUCUGCAGUCGAGCAGCUCUGGAAGCUCAGGGCUCCUGUCUGAACAACAAAUACUCUGAAGGCUACCCGGGGAGAAGAUACUACGGUGGAGCAGAAGUGGUCGAUCAAAUUGAGCUCCUGUGUCAGAAACGAGCCUUGGAGUCCUUCGACCUGGACCCGGCUCUGUGGGGCGUCAACGUCCAGCCGUACUCCGGCUCCCCCGCUAACUUCGCCGUCUACACGGCCGUGCUCAAACCCCAUGACCGCAUCAUGGGCCUGGACCUGCCCGACGGAGGACAUCUGACCCACGGCUACAUGUCCGACGUGAAGAGGAUCUCCGCAACCUCAAUCUAUUUUGAGUCCAUGCCUUACAAGCUCAAUACUACAACAGGACUCAUAGACUACGACCAGAUGGACAUGACGGCCAAGCUGUUCAGGCCCAGGCUCAUCAUCGCUGGCACCAGCGCCUAUGCCCGCCUCAUUGACUACGCCCGCAUCAAGAAGCUGUGUACUGACAUUAAAGCCUACAUGCUGGCUGACAUGGCCCAUAUUAGUGGCCUGGUGGCAGCCAAAGCCAUCCCCUCUCCCUUUGAUCAUGCUGACCUGGUCACUUCCACCACACACAAGUCCCUCCGAGGAGUCAGGGCUGGCCUCAUCUUCUAUCGUAAAGGUGUUCGCUCGGUGGACAAGAAGGGGAAGGAGAUCAUGUUCGACCUCGAGGACAAGGUCAACUUCUCUGUGUUCCCCUCGCUGCAGGGUGGACCACAUAAUCACGCCAUCGCUGGUGUGGCUGUGGCACUCAGACAGACACAGUCUCCCAUGUUCAAGGAGUAUAUCUCCCAGGUAUUAAGGAACGCCAAGUCUAUGGCUACAGCUCUCCUCAGCAAAGGCUACACCCUGGUAUCAGACGGGACGGACAACCACCUGGUCCUGGUUGACCUGCGGCCUAAGGGCAUUGACGGGGCUCGGGCCGAGAGGGUGCUGGAGCUUGCCUCCAUCACCGCCAAUAAGAACACCUGCCCCGGGGACAAGAGCGCCCUGACUCCUGGUGGCCUCAGGCUAGGUGCUCCAGCUCUGACAUCCAGACAGUUCAAAGAAUCUGACUUUGUGCAAGUUGUCGAGUUCAUGGACGAAGGUUUCAAGAUUGCUUUGGACGUCAAGAAAAAGACCGGAAAGCUCCAGGACUUCAAGAACUUCCUUCUUCAGGACCCAGAGACCGUGGCUCGCAUCGCCAACCUGCGCCAACACGUUGAAGCUUUUGCCAGGCCCUUUCCCAUGCCAGGCUUCCACGACCAUUAAACACAACAAUAUGGAGUUUGUGGGCCCAUAACAGCCAGGUGGCCAUCAAGGAGAUGGAAAAUUGUGAAAUGUGGUUGUUGCCAGUGAAACAGGGUGACUCCCUUUUUUUUUUUUUUUUCAAUCAGUUCUAGGAAACCACAUAUUUUUUUAUACCUCUUUGCAGUAAUCCAACAAUCAGUUAAUGUAAAAACUUGGCCUCCAGUUUGAGGUAAAAAAAAAAUAAAAAAUUGUAGAGCAGGAACAUAUUUUAGAGAUCUUUCUCAGUUGUCGUCACACAAUUUCUUUAAUGUGGGGGUGUGGAAAUAAAAAAUCAAACAUGUCAAAUCAAACAACAACCAACAGCUCUUAGUGUCACAGACUCUGUGACUUGAUUGGUAUAUAAUUAGUUUUUUCUAAUGAGAUACACUGAGAGGUCUUAAUGCUGUAAAGAGUCUUAAUUAAUGUCACUAAUGUAUUAAUUAUAUUCACAAGAAGAUGUGUGCAUGAUAGCUUUCUUUUUUUGUUUAUUAAACCAGGUACACAAGGGGACUUUAUGAGGUUAAAAGGUGUUCUGCCAAACAAUGUUGCUCUGGCUUUUAAAUGUAUGUGGGUGACAUUUUUUGAAGAUCAGAAAUGAACCUGUGAUGUUUUCAAAAAUGAUUUAUAACAGUUAGACCUCUUACUAAAUAGAGAUUUGGGCAUCUAGUCUCUAAAGCCAGAUUACUUUUAACCAAAUCCAAUAUUAUAAGCUUAUUUUCUUUUGACGCUGUUGCUAUUGAAAUGUCCUUUUUCUUCCAGCAUAUCAUUGAUGUCAGAUUUGAAUUGCUAUAUAUUUUGUUAUGAUAGAUGAAUAACCAAAUGGGAUAAUAAUAGAAUUGUCAUCCUUUUGUUAUUUUAUACUUUCUGUUAAGUGCGUUUACAAAGUAUCUAUACUUUUUAAUGUGUUAUUUUAAAAGGAUUAACGAUGUAACAGCAUCAUCAUUUCACAUAUAUCUUAAUGUUUACAAUACCAGCUGAUUUGUUGUACUAGAAGAAAGAUUAUUUAUAGUGCAGUCUGCCUGUUAUUUCACAAUGGUUUUCAAUGAUGGAAAUUGUGAAGCAUGGAAAAUGUGAAGCAGCUUGAUUUGAAAAAAAAAAAUGUGUAUCUGGCUCACAGAAUGGUAGUGUUGUCAUUAUCACUGCAUCAGUGAGGAAGCAAGAAUUCUGUUUUGAAAAUGUUUUUACAGCACAAUGGAGAACAAGGCUUUAGAAAUGAAUGGUGUGGUUACUUUCUUACUUUGCACAAAAAACAGCUUCUAAAGUGAACCAAAUCAUAUGAAUUAUCCACAUCACAAUUUUUUGACAGCCAACAUACUAUAAACAUUACCAAACCAUACCAAGUAGUAUUUUACUAUGUUCAUACAUCUGUUUAUCAUCUCUGUCAUGUUGCCAGCCUUUUUACUGUACAUCAACACAGUUUGUACUAACUUUCUUUUACAUAACAUUUGAAUAAAAUGUAAUUGGAUAUAGCUGAGUAUUAAUAAAAACCCAAUAAUGCAUACAUA